AGUUUGUAGUGUUGAUGGUCUAAGCAUGCCUCGUGGAUAAAAAUUCUAGUGGGACAUGUGAUUUUACCGAAUCAGUCUUGGACAUUACAGGAGUAGCUGCAAAAUGGGUGCCAAAAACGCCAAACACCGCAAUCCAGAAGGGGAUACCACAUCCUCCCCAUCACCCAAAAAGUCACCCAAACGCUCACAUCGUACAUCUCGGUCAUCCAGUCGGGAACGAACCCCUUCCCCAGUGGCCAGCCGAAAGGAAGCAAGGGACCAGGAUGUAGCGGUACAGGAGGAGAUACAACAACCCAUAGUGGCUCGCCAUACAGACACCCAACCAGAUCGACCACAAUCACAUCCUGUGUCUCUUGAAAAUGGCGUGCAUGAGCAAGAAUCCAUGGAUGUGGAUGAUCACAAAGAAAACGUGCCAGAAAUAGACAGCCAGAUUAUCGUAGAGAAAAUGUCUUCUAGUCCUAGAACUCCUGCUAAAAUGGUGAAUGGACAUGAUAAACAGUCAGAACCCUUUACACCAUUAAAUGUGAAUGAUUCUCGGAUCUCUAACCAUCUCCCGCAAGCAACAUCCACUCCAGCCCCCAAUGGGGUCAUCAAUAACAUGAAUGGACCAAUGAGUCCAGAUUCAGAUGCUGACCACACAGAUGCGAGUGAUGAUGAAGCCUUCACCCCAACAGAUCAACAGUUUCAGUUCAAUGACCGUAGUCCCAGCUCCGGUUCCCUGGUUUCCCAGUCCACCGUCAGCAGCAGCAAGCGUUCACAAUCGGAUUCUCUGGACAGAAGGUCAGAGGUCAACUAUGGCAGAUUCUACACCUCCAGUUACUUAGAAAAAGGAAAGCAGAACUAUAUGAAACGAGCCCCACUUAACCCCACCCCCAAGUCUCACCACAAAUCACCUCACUUCCACAGACCAGUAAACUUUUCAUAUUCAAAAGAGGCUCCUGAUUUCCUCAAAAACUGCAAAAAAAGUGGUAUGGCACAGUUAGCCACUGGUACCAAGGUGGUGGUGAAGCGUACCCGACGUGCUUCGUCACCGGGUGACCUGAGAAAUGAAGAAGCUGUCCGAAUGAGUAUGUUCCCUGCGGCAAAACCUCCAAAACCGAAUGAAGUGACAAAGAUAGAACGAGAGGACUGGCCUGGUCCCCCAUCUCCCGCGGCAAUAUUGCCUGAACUAAUGAGGGCGAGGCGAAAGAGUCGAGGGGAAGUGGAGGAUGAUGACGAGGAAGAAGUGGUUGAGGAUCCAAAGAUCCAGAAAGAAAUUGACGAACUGUCAAAGUUGAAGGACACAUCUGGAAUCGGAUCCAUCAUAUACAAGGAGCUGGAGGAAAGGCGAGUGAUGCCAGUGAAGGCACUGGAUCCAUGGAAGUCUUCGCGUGCCCCUAAUGCCAAAUACGAGCCCAAAUAUGUCACUCGCUACCAGUCACCUAUGUUCGCAUCUCCCUCCAGAUUCCUUGACCGGCCACGGAGGUCUUGGGAUGACAGUGACCUCCGACGAGGCUACAGAACCAUCUCCACUAUGGCUAACUAUCCAGUGCCAAAGCCUGGUUAUGGAUCGUAUGGCCUGACCCCACGGGCCGCUACCCUCCCCCUGUCUGGCUUGUAUGGUGGGGUUUUCUAUAACUACAACAACUAUCACUAUUUCGACUUUGAUGACUCGGAUAUUACUAGGCACCGGCCAUCAGCUUACACUUCCACAUCCACAGUGAACACAGAUCAUGGAUCCCGUAGUCAUAUUUCCAGUAUACACGAGGGACCAGGACUGUCACUACUUACUUUACAGAGGAGUACAUGGCACACUGAAGCAGAGCCUCCUACAUACCCGUAUGAAAAGUUAAAGAUUUCUAACUUUGAUCUGCCAAAAGACACAGAUAGAAACAUGCUGGAGAUACAUCUAGUACAAGAAGAUUUCGAAGAAUUAUUCAAAAUGAACAAAGAAGAGUUCUCCCGCCUGGCAGAGUGGAAACGAAAUGAUCUGAAGAGGAAAGUUGAUCUAUUUUAAAGUAGACAGACAUUGUGGAUAGUAAAGUGUCUUGCUGGAAGUGACCUCAGUAACUUGGUUAUAUUGAAUACAACUGAGUGUGGUAACCUACUUAUGUUUAGUACAACUGAGUGUGGUAACCUACUUAUGCUCAGUACAACUGAGUGUGGUAACCCACCUACUUGUUUUUUAGUAUAACAUAGUGUGGUAACUUACUUGGGUCGAGUAUAAGAGUGGUUACUUGUGCCAAGUACAACAGAGUGUGGUAAAGUACUUGUGUUGAGUAAAACAGAGUGUGGUAAUUAAAACCCAGUGCAGUAUCAUAGUUCUACACUUCUACAUUAGUGUACCAUCACAACCUUGCUGUAUUUUCUGCACUUGAGACAACUAAUCUUUAAUCACAUGUCCUGUAUAAGCCAUCACAAGACAAUUAGUGGACACACCAAUGGCAGAUGGUCCACUCAUCCCACAGUAAACCAUCCUGGAGGACGUGUCUAUAGAUGUAAGGUGCUGAUUAAUGCAAUAAGUUUAAUGAACAAAACUGAGUGCUACCUGUGAAAGUUAAUAUUCGUCAGCAAUCUGACAGUUGUUGGUGGGUAACAUCACCAUAUAAUCAACGUUGAAGUACUGUGAUGUCAUCAUGGACAGUGUGUUACAUACCCUCUAUUGUAACCAUUUACCCGUACCGAUGUACACAUGUAUAGUACUGGGGACUACUUGAUACUACAUUAUACAUGUACCCCACUAUUUCCAUCACAACUCUCUGAUGGACCUAGCUUCAACUUCUGCGACAAUUUGUACUCCAGAAAUCAGAUCUCCUUUCUCAAUAAUAUGGUUCAAUACAAAUUUUUGCUUCCAACUACUGUACAUCAGUGAGAAGAAUUUACCACAUCAGAUAUCAUACAUAUAUCAUUAACAUACACAGUCAUUCAAAAUUAUCAAUCAAGAGCAAGGGGAAGCUUGUCAAUCAAGGGCAAGUAAAAGCUUGUUAAUCAAAAUCAAGCAAAGUCUUGUUUCAGGGGAAAACUGAGCAAGAGUCUGUGUACAUUUAUCAAUCACAUUGUAUUUGUUUUGCCAACUAGAGACACAUGGAAUGUGUAUUGUCAUGUAGUGAGCUGUUUUAAACAUAAUUAGAUCACAUGGGAGGAUUAUUGUUUGAAAUUGCUUAAACCAAAGAUUGUUCUUUACUUGAGUUAUGAAUCACAUUGUACACAAGAUAGUGUAUUAUUUUCAUGGUCAUUUGAAGGCUUAUACCAUGUCUAUAAAACAUAUCAACUAGGUAUUACACAAACAUUUCAUAGAUUUGUCAAAUGAAACACAUCUUAUUAUCAAUUAUCAUCAUCAUUUAUUGUAAUGACCUUUGACCCAGAUGAGAGUGACCUUGACCUUCUUUUGCCAUGUGUUCAUUCCAGUACUUUUCCAUUGUUUCACAGCUGUCCAUACAUUGUACGAAGGGUCAAAGGUCAGGAAAGACAGGUCAUCAACGGUAUUCAUACUACAACAAUGUAUUUGAAGGAUUAGUAUAAUAUAUUACUUCAGUUCACUAGAGUUAAUUAGAUACACAUUUUAUUUGGUUGCUAAGAAACAAAUAGUUAGAAUACCAUGAAGGUGAUAUAGUCAUGUGGUCAAAUUUUGGUAGCCAUGGUAAUUGUAGAGCUGAUGAGGAGAUGUACUGGAGAAUAGAAGCAUAGCAGUAGUAGUGUUUGUAUAUACAUACAGUGACAGUGAGUAAGCUGUACAUGUUUGUAAUUAUAAUCUCCCUUGGUCUAAACACAUGAGAAACAACAGUACAAAUAUGUGUAACUUUCACAAGUGUUGUUUUAUGGUGUCCUCAAACAGUAAAACUAGGUGUAUACUCCUUUAGCUUACAAACUCCAGCUGGAUGUUUCUGGGAAAUGUGACUGCACAGCACAGCUCGAUUUUUUUUAUUAUAUGUAUAUGUUAAUGAUAUUAUUUGUCAAUGAUGUUUGAAUGAAAUGAUAAUUAUUUCUUUUUGUUUAUUUGUUUGUAGAUUACCAGAUUUUAAUGUUGAUUGCAAGAUAUUUUCAUGUUUGAAAAGUCUGGAAAACAUUAUUAUAUGAGGGUUACCUCCCUUCAUGUUAAAUUGUCCUUGUGAGUGUUGGAAAGUGAGAGAGGUUGAAGUUAUUGUAUGUCUUUGUCCAGAUUUUACCGUGAUAUUAGUAAAUUUAUUGAAUUAAUUUAUUAUGGUGAUUCUUGUUCAUUUUAAUCUUUAUGUUACCUUUUCACCUAUUUAUGACUUUUUUUUAGCUGUUACGAACUGGUUUCGCUUUGCUGGAUGGCUGGAACUGCUUUUAGAUAGAUAGAUAGAUACUCCCUUAUUUCCAUAUUUAAGUGGAGUAAGCCAAGCUUGCUUCAGUUGAUAGAAAAAGGGAGAUAAAAGCUUGCUUUUUAGUAAGUUUGAUAAAAUUAUCAUUGGACUGGGUAGUUUGAGGUGAAAGGUACCAUCUAAUUAUGUUUUGAAAUAAAUUUUCAGUGUCAUAUAAAAGUAAUUAAGAUCAAACUGUAUGCCUGACAAUUUACAUGUGUUGCUUGCAUCAAGUUAUAAUUUUAUCAUCUUUCAAAAUGGAUACAUUGACAGAGGAAUUCUUCUGAUCAACAAAGGAACUGGGAACUGAACUUAUAUAUGUAAUUAUAACUGUUGUUAUGAUAACCUGUUCCCUUAAUACUAGAUUUUUUUGGUACAAACCUUCUCAAUAAUUGCCACAGGGUAUAUAGCCAACAUACAGUAUUCAUGUCAGAAUGUGUGUUUAGUGUAGAUAUAUAUUGUAGAAAUUUAAGUUUGAUGGUUAACAAACACAUUUUUGUAAUAAUCAUUUACACACAGUAUAUUUCUAGCUAGUCAUCUCCACUGAUCAGUGUUGUCAUAUCAAUAUAUACGGACUGCUCUCAUGGUCAGAGUUGACCUUCAAAUUGAAGAGCUUCUCAUAUAAUCAAGGUUGCAUAAAUGUUUGCUGUUGUCUUUAUAAACGAGAGUGAAUACAAACUGAGAGAGGACCUGAAUGAUGUUGUUAAUGUUGAUGUGUGUAAGCAUGCCCAAUGUUAUACCUUUGUGACCAAUGAUGUCCAUGUCUUAAGAAUUAUGCAAAUGUUACAGAACUUGUCUUAUUCCAUAAUCAAAAGUGUGUACAUAAACAAUGGAUGGAGGAUAUAUUACCAUUUAAUUUCAGGGUGGUUAUUUAAUGUUUUAUCCAGAAAGUUUCAGCUGAUAUUUUUAGAUGUUGGUUGUCAAGGUGACCGGUGAUUUGGUUGCUAUGGAGACAGUGGUCAGUCACUGUUGAGGGUAUAUGCGGGUGAAAUGAUCAUGUGAUAUGUGUGCUGCUAACAAAUAGAUUUAAAUCCUGUCCAGCCAAAUUAUAACACAUUGUUUUAGAAUAUCACAUUCAACUUUUUAAAAUAUCAGUUCUGUGAAAGUGUUUUCAUAUUGAAGAAUAAGAAACUAUUCACUGGUUUUUAAAUGAUGAAUUUAAAAUUUGAGGGAUACAGGAUUGAGUUUAGUCUGCCUUUAGGGGAAAGCUGUGACUCGAGAAACUACCAAUUCUAUACAUAUCUAUGUAGAAGGGGUGAUAGCUAGAUCAAUAGAGCUAGACUUGCUCGUAUUUUUGUCAGAAACAGUAGAUUUCACUACCCUGCAGCGUGCAUAUAUGAUGUUGAGGAACAUAUGAUUUGUCAUUUGUAUGAAGUUUCUCGAUCAAUACAUCAACAGAUGUUUUCAUUCUGUUUUCAUUCACACAGUUUUAUUGUUUGUAGCCACAACAAAGGCAGAAUUUAUUUUAUGUAAAGGCAGGAAAUGACAAACAUAUAUAGGGCGAAAUGAUGGAGUACAUUACAAAGGGGAGAUAACUGUACAAGGUAACAACUUUUACCAACAUUUUGGAAGCUGUGUCAUGUAUCCCAUCUGUCAUAUGAUACAUUUAUUAAUCAUGUUGAAUGUGUUCUUACUUGUCAAAUGUAUUGAAAGUUUGCCUGACUGGCAGUGUAACACAAAUUUUGGCUGGGAUUUUAUACUUGUGCAGGUAUAAUUUUUCGUGGGGUGGGCAUUACAUAGCAAGCCUUGUCUAUUUGAUAAUCCAGUGUUAAACAUAACUUCUAUUGUAGAAUGUGUGAUAUAUGUUAUUUCUCUUAGUGAUGUCAUACUCUCGUCAUUCACUGCCAUUUAUCCAAUAAUCCAUACACCUGACAAACAGUAAUCGUCAAGUAUAAGGUGACUUGUGUUUGCUGUAAAUAUUAUCAGUCAUGAAGUCAGUUCAUGUAUUUAUAACAACUUCUGUCAUAACUAUCUGCAGUUAGAGAUACAAGCUUUAAAGCUAAUCUGUUCUCUAACAGCAGUGUCAAAAGCAUAGUUAUAAAAUCAAUACGUAGUGUAGCCAGACAAAAAAAAAAAUCACCCUGAUUCAUUGGAGCUUGUGCAAUUUGUUUGUUUUAUAUUUGGCCCACAUGGCUUUGUGGAUAUAUACUGUUGCAUAUCAUUACUUGAUACUUUUCCUUUAAGACUACUAUUCAAGAAAAAUUUUUAGGAUUUGAAAAGUGGCUUUAAUUAUUACAUUGUCAGUGGAGCGUUCUCAGCUUGUGUAAAUGAAAGAUACUCCCACCAAGAUAAAACAACAUUAAUCUUUUUAAGUUCACUAAUGACAUGAUGGUAAAAAGACCAAUUACACAGCAUUUGAAAUGAUGCAGCUUUCACUGCUUUGGGCAUAUCUAGAGUCAGAAGGGAGCAAAACCCUGCCAAACCUGAUCUGGAGGAAAGAACACAUUGAGGCCAGAUCUAGGGUCAUUGUUGAAUCCACUGUGGGUCUGGUUUAGGGCAGAAUCUUCCAUCCAAUGGCGACUUGGUGAGGGAAAGAUUUUUGAUUCUACUGUUAGGGCUUAGUUUUGGUGCAGAAGCUGUAGAAUACUGCCUUGACUUAAGGUGUGAGUCAGUGGGGUUGGGGUUUAGUCUGGUCUGAAGACAAAGCAUUGCCAGUGCCUGGUUAUAGCUGUGAAAAGUUCCUGUAGAUGUGUCCUCAAUUUAGCUUUUGGCCUAUGGUUCUUCACUGUAACUUACAAAUAUCACUAUGAUUUAUUUGGAUGUAUAAUGUGUAUUGUUAGGUGUGUUGCACUGCUGAGAUUAUACGAUCAGCGAAGAAUCUAAAUGGGCCUCAACUCAACAAAGAAAUCAUGAACACUUGUAUGUAGACUGAAAUUAUGUUUGAGGAAACUUUAUAAUUUUGUUUUCAAAAGUAAAUUCUUUAUGUUACUAUACUGAAUUUUAUAAGCUGUCUAGCUGUAGCAAUGAUUGCUAAAGUCUUCAUCGUUUCUUGUUUGUGUCUCUGGCCAACUUUUCCUUUGCUGAUUAAUUUUAUUAUAUGAUACUAUUUUUUGUAAUUAAAAAUAAUGUCCAACUAAAAUGGCAACCAUACUUAUAUAGAAUGUAUAAGAGAAACAUGAGAAAUCCAUCCAAUUAUAGCAAUGUGCUGAGGCCUGUCUCUUAAUGCCCAUUUGUAGGUCAUCUUUGUCAAAAUGAUCUCUUGUUUUCAAACUUACUGUAAUUAAGCAGUUCAGCUUGGUUUGCUAGCAGGAUGUAACAUAUUUUAUGUGAGACUAGUCGAAAUUUUUCCCUUGCAGAAUGUUUUUGUUUCCUGACACACAAUAUUUGCUGCUUAAACGAGAUAUCUACUCUAUCAACUACUGAAUUAAUGAUUUGUUUGGGUGGAAAUUAUUGAUAUGUUCAGACUGUUGCAAUUUGUCAGACUUUGUCAAACUGUUACAGUUUGUCAGACUGUUACAAUUUGUCAGACUUUGUCAAACUUACAAUUUGUCAGACUUUGUCAAACUGUUACAAUUUGUCAGACUGUUACAAUUUGUCAGACUUUGUCAAACUUACAAUUUGUCAGACUUUGUCAAACUGUUACAGUUUGUCAGACUGUUACAAUUUGUCAGACUUUGUCAAACUUACAAUUUGUCAGACUUUGUCAAACUGUUACAGUUUGUCAGACUGUUACAAUUUGUCAGACUUUGUCAAACUUACAAUUUGUCAGACUUUGUCAAACUGUUACAGUUUGUCAGACUGUUACAAUUUGUCAGACUUUGUCAAACUUACAAUUUGUCAGACUUUGUCAAACUGUUACAGUUUGUCAGACUGUUACAAUUUGUCAGACUUUGUCAAACUUACAAUUUGUCAGACUUUGUCAAACUGUUACAGUUUGUCAGACUGUUACAAUUUGUCAGACUUUGUCAAACUUACAAUUUGUCAGACUUUGUCAAACUUACAAUUUGUCAGACUUUGUCAAACUUACAAUUUGUCAGACUUUGUCAAACUGUUACAAUUUGUCAGACUUUGUCAAACUGUUACAAUUUGUCAGACUUUGUCAAACUGUUACAAUUUGUCAGACUUUGUCAGACUGUUACAAUUUGUCAGACUUUGUCAAACUGUUACAGUUUGUCAGACUGUUACAAUUUGUCAGACUUUGUCAAACUUACAAUUUGUCAGACUUUGUCAAACUUACAAUUUGUCAGACUUUGUCAAACUUACAAUUUGUCAGACUUUGUCAAACUGUUACAAUUUGUCAGACUUUGUCAGACUGUUACAAUUUGUCAGACUUUGUCAAACUGUUACAAUUUGUCAGACUUUGUCAAACUGUUACAAUUUGUAAUGGAUCAAUUCUGAUUUUUAAGUGUACAGUUUACCCUGCUAACUUAUCACUUUUGUUCUUCACAAGAAGCAAUGUAUUUGACGUGGUUUUGAACUUCAUCCCAACAACUGUAUAAAGCGAGAGAUUCUCAUUACCCAGAUUCUUACUUGAAUAUGAGUAAUACUAGGAAAUGAUUUUGGUUUUUAUGUCAGUAAGUUGACUAUGUAGACUUCUAGUGAUCACCAUCACUUGCUUUAUCUUUUUGUUUUCCUUAUUUGUCUAUAUAAAUGGCUGCCUUUGUACGGCCUUUGAUUGGCUGACAUGGAUGGCCCUUGUCGUCAAUGUUGCUUGCAAUCUGUUUGUAGCCCAAAGCCCUUAUUUGAGCAGCUUCAACAGCCAGCAAAUAAAGAUUAAAUCCUUAAAGCUA